AUGCCGAGCAAUAGCGCACUCUUGCCCACAGUCCCUACGGCGAAGACGAACGAGCUUGUCUACCUCGAGUGGUUCAUGAACAAGACCACGAUCAAACUCCCCGGGAUCUAUAAGUGGCCCUUCUGGCGGACGCUUGUACUUCAAGCUGGAAGCAGCGAGCCCGCGGUACUGCAUGCGCUGCUGGCACUGAGCUCAGCGCACAGAGCAGAGAGCCAGCACGAACGACUUCGAAACGCUGUAGACGAAGCCUUCAACGCUGAAGAACAGUUCAGUCUGAGCCGCUACUGUCGAGCAAUCACUGAGCUGCAGCCGCAUCUCGCGGCAGGAGAUAAGGCAUCGGUGCGGGUUGCGCUCAUUACUUGUGCCAUCUUCACCUGCAUCGAGUUCCUGCAAGGACGCUACCAGACGGGCCUCGAGCAUUUACGGAGUGGCUUGAAGCUGUUGUGUACAGUUAACCUUUAUUCGCUAAGCUCGGCCUCGGACACCGUUGAUGAAUGGCUGCUGGAGACUUUUGCAAGACUAAGCCUGCAAGUCGCUCUUUUCGAUCCUAGCUUCGAGCGUAUUCCGGAGAUCUUCCAGAACCUAUGGACCGAUCGUGCAUCAUUCGAGUCGGUACCACAAGCACGGCGUAAUCUGGACUGCCUUCUCCAAGCGUCUCUCGGUCCGCGGAACACGAUCUCUGUAAAUGCCGCCGAAAGUCACGACAACUUCAGGGGGAUUAGGCCUCAAAGUCGUGAACAGCUCGAAGCAGAGCUGGCAUCGUGGCACGUCGCAUACAGUACCUUUCACGGGAACUUGCGGUCUGAGCAUGAUCCGCAGGAGUUCUUUGCGUCUCUUAUGCUACAGCCCUACCAUGCCAUGGCGGUCAUUUCGGCCGGUACACAUCUAGAUAGCGGGUACAGCGAUGAGAUGGCAUACGACAGGUACCUACCCCAAUUCGUCAGCAUGAUCCGACAAUCGAUCAGUCUGCUUCGGGCUGUCAAGCCUAUACGGCAUUACACCGAUCACCUGGAGGUCUGUCAUUUCUCUAUAGACAUCGGCUGGAUCCCGCAGUUGUACUUCACCGCGUUGAAGUGCAGGAAUAAUCGCGUCAGACUGCACGCCCUCAAGCUGUUGUCUCUGCACCGCAGUCGAGAAGGCGUUUGGGACACGCUACUGGCUUCGGCCGUUGCCCGGGAAGUGAUCCAGCUUGAGGAGGGCGACUUUUACCAUUACUGGUCGGCGAGUGAUGGCUUCUCCAUCAUGGAUGAUCCGGGCCAGUCCGAUAGUGAUUCGAAAAUGCCCGUUUUGCCACCGUCACGGCGCGUGCAACAGGUGCAGGUUGUCCUUCCCAAUGGGCCGUCAGACACGAUGAGAUUGACCUGCAUGCGACCUACGCGAGACGGUGGCUUAGAACUUCUCAAGCGGGAACACGACCCUCGCUCUGGACAAUGGAUGUCGCUGGAACGUAAGGGGACGAGUGAGUCUACCUUGUCGGUAUGCAGCAUACCAAGUGUCGCGUCUGCGUAG